AUGCCAGCGGGCGAUGCCUCUGCACUUGAAAAAUACUAUCACAGGAAAUGUUUAUGGAAUGCUCAGCGCACUUUCAAGCCAAUAGAAAUGUGUUCUGUUAACCAGCUCAUACAUUCUGCUUGUGAAGAACAAUUGCUCUUAUCCGUUCAAAACUCUCUCACCGAUGAUGAUGCAAUUCUAAGUAUGGCCGAGGUUAACAGUACAUACGUAUCAAUUUUGAAUAGGUAUCGUGUACAGAUUUCUGAGACUGCAAACUACCGCAAGCAUCUAAAAAAGCUACUUAGUGAAUGCCUUCCAAGUGUACAGUUUGUUAAAUCCCUGCGUGAGAAUGAGCCAGAUAGGAUCGUUCUUCCAAGAGCAGUUAGCAAAGGAAUAGAACUUCGGUGCUCGCUAAUGGAUAACAGUGAAACGAUUGGUCGCUUGAAGAACAUAGACAUUCUACGUAAACCCAGAAAUUGGUCGUUCAACGGCAGUUUUGAAGAAUUCCAGAACCCUCCACUCCUUCAGUUUUUUCUCAGUCAUCUCCUCUUUGGUCACCAUGUUCUCAAAGCUUCAGGAAUUCGCAGUGAAGAGGUGGAUAGAACUGUUGAUGUUGCUUGCCAGUUUCUUAUCCAGAAUUCUCGAAGCGAUCGCCAGGUGAAACAUCAGCCAAAGAAAAACUCCGGUUUUCUGCAGACUGUUCAGACACCCCUCUCGAUUGAUCUGCCUCUUGUCAUUCAUUCUAGGUGGAGACUGGUGGAUUUUGUCUGCCUGAUUUUGUCAAGAAAGGAGUAAACAUGGUUCGCAGUAGAUAA